AUGGUCCACAGCGACAAGGACUCCGGAGAUUCUGGCAUCCAUUCUCCGGAUAACCUUUCGUCGUCGCCAAGAAAGAGCUCUCCGUCAAAUUCGUCACGGAUUACUGGAUCGCCAAGAGAUUUGUCGCCUCUUCUGUUACAAGAGCUAGCAUGCAUGAACGUAAGAGAAGUGGCUGCCCGACCGGGAAUCGGUCAAAUUGGGCGACCUAUCGCGAUACGCUCAAAUUUCUUCGAAAUCGAUCUGUCUAGUUCAAAUAUGAUGGUUGUGCAAUAUCACGUAGAGGUGCAUCAUCCUGGCAGUCGCAAACUUGACCGUGACGAAAAUCGAGCCAUAUUCUGGAAAGUCGUCGCUGAUCACCCAGUGAUCUUCUCCAACAAAUUUGCCGUUGCUUUUGACGGCGCGCAUCAACUCUACACUCCAUAUCGCCUAGAGUUUCCUGAGAAACGAAAUUCUAUGAGGUUAGAAGCAGAUGUACCGCUAGCAAAAGAUUCUCGAGAGCGCACUCCAUGCGCAGUAUCAUUUCAGUGUGUUGGACCAGUUCUCAUCGAAAUGCGUCGAACGCGCACAAAUAAUUUAGACGAAAGGGUACUGACCCCUAUUCAAAUUCUGGACAUCGUCUGUCGUCAAAGUCUCACUUGUCCAUUUAUCGACAAUUCCGCAAACUUCUAUUCGUGGAAGUCGUCUUGCUAUCGUAUCCCUAUUAAUGGAGCACUGGCCCUCGAUUUAGAAGGUGGUAAGGAAAUGUGGACUGGCUUUUUCUCCUCCGCACAUGUUGCGAGUGGAUGGAAGCCGUUACUCAAUAUUGACGUUGCACACACUGCCUUCUACAAAGCAAAAAUUUCUAUGGUUCAAUUUAUGUGCGACGUUUUAAACGAACGCGCUGGUGCAUACCGUAACCAGUCAUCUACAACGCGCAACAGUUACGGUAACACAAGCCAGCCCGGUAGAACUUACGGGGCCACAAGGGGUGGCGCCGCAGCGAGCACUGGUCGAGGAGGAUAUCAUACUUAUCCGACAAGAACCACACACUCCGCGCCACAACGACAUGAAGAAUCGUCCGGGAUGUUGUCGCCAAGCACACUUUACAAGGAGUUCUCGCUGUCAAAUCAUGAGAUGAAGAUAUUAGCAGAAGCUGUAAAAGGAAUCAAAAUACGGAUUUCACACAGAAAAGGGGCUGUACGAGUGUAUCGUGUCAAUAGUCUUCAAAUGCCAGCUGAUCAGCUGACAUUCAAAGGCGUGACGGAAGAUGGACGUGAAACGAUAAAAUCAGUAGCUCAAUAUUUUGCAGAAAAGUACGCUGAACUGCGCUUUCCCAAACUACCGUGUCUACAUGUUGGUCCGCCCACUCGGAACAUCUUUUUCCCACUUGAAGUAUGCGAAAUGGAUACCCCACAAAAAUACAACAAGAAACUCAGUGAAAAGCAAACAAGUUCCAUCAUAAGAGCAGCUGCAGUUGACGCCUCACAACGGGAAGAGCGCAUCGCUCAACUCUGCCAGCAAGCUGGUUUCGACCGUGACCCAUUCCUGAAAGAGUUCGGACUUUCUGUCUCCCCCAGGAUGUUCGAAACAAUGGCUAGGGUCAUUCAACCACCGCAGAUUAUGUUUGGAGAUAAUUCAAAGAUGGUGGAUCCUAUAGUACAUCCUAAAGAUGGUGCGUGGUCUAUGGAUAACCAAACCCUCUACCUUCCAGCCACAUGUGGCAGUUACUCUAUGAUCGCCUUAGUGAAUCCAAGAGAUCAGAAUCUCCUCCAAGGUUUUUGUCAAGCGCUCUACGCCAAAGCCACCCAGAUGGGCAUGGACUUCCCGAAAUGGCCUGAUCUCGUCAAAUAUGGGCGUGGUCGUGAUGAUGUAGUGAUGUUGUUCAACGAGAUCGCUAACGAGUACAAGCAAACCAGCACAAGCUGUGAUCUAGUGAUCGUAGUUCUGCCUGGAAAGAACUCGGAUAUCUACAUGACGGUCAAGGAGAGCUCAGACAUGAUUCACGGGAUUAUGUCGCAAUGUGUGCUGAUGAAAAACGUUCAGCGUCCAUCACCGGCAACUUGCUCGAAUAUUAUCCUUAAAGUCAACAUGAAACUUGGCGGUAUCAAUAGCCGUAUUGUUGCUGACAAUAUCACACACAAGUAUAUCAUCGACCAACCAACAUUAGUAGUUGGAAUUGACGUCACACAUCCAACUCAGGCAGAAGAACGCAUGAAUAUUCCAUCGGUGGCAGCGAUUGUUGCCAAUAUCGAUCUGCUUCCACAGUCAUAUGGUGCCAACGUCAAGGUGCAAAGAAAAUGUCGAGAAUCUGUAGUGUAUCUGCUCGAUGCAAUCAGAGAACGACUGGUAUCCUUUUACAGGAAUACAAAUCAAAAACCCACUCGUAUCAUUGUCUAUCGAGAUGGAGUGUCCGAAGGACAAUUUGCAGAGGUUCUGAGAGAAGAAAUACAGGGAAUUCGCUCCGCAUGUAUGAUCCUAUCGCCCGACUAUCGUCCACCAAUUACCUAUGUUGUUGUCCAAAAACGUCAUCACGCACGAAUGUUCUGCAAAUACAGCACCGAUAUGGUCGGCAAAGCUCGAAAUAUACCACCGGGAACUACAGUAGAUACAGGGAUCGUCUCACCAGAAGGAUUCGACUUCUAUCUAUGCUCUCACUACGGUGUACAAGGGACUUCCCGCCCAGCUCGAUACCACGUGUUAUGGGACGACAACAAUUUCAGUGCUGAUGAGAUGCAAGCGAUCACUUAUGGGAUGUGCCACACUUACGGGCGUUGUGCACGCUCAGUUUCAAUUCCGGCUCCUGUAUAUUACGCGGAUCUGGUAGCAACCAGAGCUCGAUGUCACAUUAAAAGGAAACUCUCGUUCUCGGUUAACCACGUUCUAUCACUUCAUUCCUAUUUCACUGAAUCUCCUGCCCACAAUAUGAGUGGUGUUCACGAAUCCGAUGGACUGUCCGAAACCGGCUCUGUGAUCUCGUCGUUAUCGUCCUUAAUGUCCGUUGGUCGUCCACGGAGGCGUCGUGAAUUUGAAGCCGGUGAUAUCAACGCGAAUCAAUCGAACUCGGACGCUGCACUACAGGAGUGUGUCUCCGUAACCGACAAAUUCAAAAGCCGCAUGUAUUUCAUCUGA